ACACAAGUAUCACUCAUCGAGAAGCGCAUCUACACCACAGCACUCCCCCACGCAACAGCUAACAUGCCCACCCAGACCCCCAAGAUGCGCAUGGCCUCUGCCAAACACGCAGCAAACAUCACCAAGCGAGGAAAUGUACCUCAGUCACGCCUGGUCAAAGAAGACAACGAACUGCCCAUCAGCAAUACCACGCUCGCCAUCCUGCUGUUUGUGGUUGUAGGAUCCGCUAUUGUGGGUGCGUUGGCGUCCAUCUCCACGCCAACUACGCAAUAAAAGUACCACUACUAAUUUAUUAAUUACUAAGAUAAUGGAUCAGAAAUGGGUCAGACUGCCG